CUAGUAAUAAUAAUAAUAAAUCACAUUUUCUUUCUGUUUCCUAAGCCCUAUAUAUACCGUUCUACCUCCUCAUCCUUCUUCCCUCUCGCCCCCUCAUUUCAGGGAACACCACCAAUCCUCACGCCACCAGUCCGUCCACCACCACCCCCCUAAAAAAAACAUUACUCAGAAAACCAGACAGGCCGUAUCUAAAGAGAGAGAGAGAGAGAGAGAGAGAGAGAGAAUGGAUAGACUCAGAUUUGUCUUUGAAUCCUCAGAGGCCGAGUUAAUGGCGAAAUCUACAGAUCACUCCUCAGUCCUCCAACUCCUCCCAACCCUCGUCAAAUCAGCUCAGGACCUUGCUCGGCCACCCAUCUCCAACUACCACGUUGGAGCCGUCGGAUUAUCCUCCGACGGCCGGAUCUUCCUCGGCGUCAAUCUCGAAUUCCCAGGUCUCCCUCUCCACCACUCCGUUCACGCCGAACAGUUCCUCAUCACCAACCUCGCCGUUCACCGCUCCCCCCGCCUCCUUUACCUCGCCGUCUCCUCCGCCCCCUGCGGCCACUGCCGCCAAUUCCUCCAAGAACUUCGCCACGCCUCCGACCUCCAAAUCUUAAUCACUUCCGAAAAACAAACCCACAAAGAGCCUAUUUUCAAACCCCUUUCAUCAAUUCUCCCAAAUCCAUUUGGUCCCUGUGACCUCCUUGAUGAGGAGACACCAUUGCUUCUUGAAAAUCACAACAAUGGGUUAUCGAUAAUACCCAAAACCAUGGAUUCGAAUUGUGGGAAUUUGUGCAAUGGGGUUUGUGAAUCAUUGCUGAAAAAUGAAUCCCAAUUGAAAGUUUCAGCAUUGGAAGCCGCUAAUAGCUCUCAUGCCCCAUACAGUGGUUGUCCCUCAGGAGUUUCAUUAAUGGAUUGUGAUGGGAAGAUUUACAAAGGGUGUUAUAUGGAGUCCGCCGCCUAUAAUCCGAGUUUGGGGCCUGUGCAGGCGGCGUUGGUGGCUUAUGUGGCCGGUGGUGGUGGUGGAUAUCAGAGGAUUGUGGCGGCGGUGUUGGUUGAGAAAGAAGGGACCAAGGUGAGGCAAGAGGACACCGCGAGGCUGUUGUUGAAGAUGAUUUCUCCAAAAUGUGAGUUUCGGGUGUUUCAUUGCUAUUCAGCUGAUAAUGAAUGUAAAAAAUUUUCAUUUUGAUGGUAAAUUAGUGUACGAGUCUUCCUUCACUGCAAAGUCUGAAAAAGAUCCAUUCAUACUGCUUCACCACCGCUUUGUCUUGUUCUUGAUCUGAAUAAGGCAAAAAAAUUGGGUAUGAACUGUUUGGAAUAAUUGAUCUGGAGAUAUAAAGAAUGUUGUGAAUGAAAAAAGAAAUGAAUUGAAGUAUUUCUUCUAUUGUCUUUGACUCCAUGGUUUAUCGUGGGUUUUGGAAAUUCUUU